AGAUCAAGCGGUGAAUGCACUACCUGAAAACACAGUUUCAGAUUUUCAGCGGAUAGUCAUUGCUGAUUGUUAAACUCCAUCGUCCAAUGGCGGCUUCAUCAAAAUCCGAAAAAAUUUACGACGUCUUCUUGAGUUUCAGAGGCACGGAUCUGCGUAACAACUUCGUCGGUCAUCUCUACCAAGCUUUACACCGGAUUGGAAUAUACACUUUCCGGGAUAGCGAGGAAUUGAAAAAGGGAGACCAAAUAUCGAUGCUCAUGAAGGCCAUUGAAGAAUCAUGCAUCGCAAUCGUCGUUUUCUCUGAGAACUAUGCUUCCUCAACGUGGUGCUUAGAAGAGGUGUCCAAGAUUAUGGAGUGCAACGAGCAAAAGAACCUCACCGUUCUACCAGUGUUUUAUAAAGUGGACCCAAGAGAAGUGAGAGGGGGCAGAGAGAGUUAUCGGAGAGCUCUGGCUAAGCACGAGUCCAAGUUCGGGAAUGAUUCGGAGAAAGUGAAGAGAUGGAAGAAAGCUCUUUCCGAUGCUGGUAACUUGUCCGGGUGGCAUUUGAAUGAUGGAGAUGAGUCAGAGCUUAUACAAGAAAUUGUGGAGAAGAUCUCCACUUACCUAGCCCGAACACCUUUGCAUGUUGCUAAGCAUCCGGUUGGGAUAGAUUCCCGAGUUGUUAAGCUGAAAUCGAUGUUAAAUCUCGAGUCUGAUGAUGGUGUUCUCAUGGUGGGAUUAUGGGGACAGGGAGGUAUAGGGAAGACAAGUUUAGCAAAAGCUCUUUACAAUGCUAUGUUCAAACAAUUUGAGGGUUCAUGUUUUCUGGCAAAUGUUCGAGAAACUUCAAAAGGUAGCGGGGGUUUAGUUACUUUGCAAGAAAUAUUACUAAAUGAUGUACUAUUACCUCAACAAAGAUUAGAAGUGUCCAAUGUCAAUGGAGGUAUUCAUCUAAUACAACGCAGACUUGGUCGCAAAAAAGUUCUCCUCAUCCUUGAUGAUGUAGAUGACUUGCGCCAAUUGAAUACUUUAGCAAGUGACAAGUGGUUUGGUAAUGGGAGUAGGAUCAUCAUUACUACAAGAGAUAAACAUUUGCUAACUUGUCAUGGCAUAAACCAAGAUCAUGUGUAUAAAGUUCAAGCAUUGGAUGACAGUGAAGCUCAUGAGCUGCUUAGUCAGCAUGCUUUUCUGACACACCAAAUAUUGAAAAUCAGCACAGAUCUAGUGAAGAGUGUUUUGCAUCAUGCUAAUGGCCUUCCGUUAGCACUUGAGGUGCUAGGUUCCUUCUUAUGUGGUAGAAGAGAACAUGAAUGGGAAAGUACACUAAAGAAGCUUUCUAGAGUUCCUAACAAUGAAAUCAAUGAUGUGCUUAAAAUAAGUUAUGAUGGACUAGAGGAAAAUGAGAAAGAGAUUUUUCUGGACAUUGCCUGCUUUUUUAAGGGGAAGAGUAGUGAGUAUGUAAAGAAAGUUCUCGAUAGUUGCGAUCUUGAGGCAACAAUAGGAUUAAAAAUUCUCAUCGAGAGGUCCUUGAUAAGAAAUGAUUCCACAAUAGAAAUGCAUGACUUGAUUCAAUUCAUGGGCAUGGAAAUAGUGAACCAGGAAUGUCGAGAUAAUCCCGGGAAACGCAGUAGACUGUGGCGGUAUGGUGAUGUUUUUGAUGUUCUAUCAAGCAAUGAGGGAGAUUGUGUUGUCAAAGCCAUAGUGUUGGAGCUACCAGAACCAACAGAGAUGUGUAUCAAUCCUGAUGCUUUUACAAAAAUGGGAAGGCUGAGAUUGCUCAUUUUGCACAACUUGCAUUAUUCUUUUCAAGGUCCUAUAUGUCUUCCUAAUGAGCUUAGAUGGUUUGAAUGGCCUGGAUGUGCUCGCCAGAUUCCAAAAUUUUCGUCUAGUCCAAAGAAAUUAGUGGGACUUUAUAUGAGUGAAGGCAAUAUCACAAGAGUGGUAAAACAAUUUAAGGUGCGCAUUUAUCUAGAUAGACCUUUUUAUUAUCCACUUCAUUUGUAUGUGCAUAUGCGUAUUAUAUACACUUGUACACUAAAGGAAGUGGUGUUCCUAUGUUUCAGAAACCACUUCUCUAUUUUCUUUCAAAAGGAUCCUAACUUCUUGGGUUAGAAAUAUUUUUAUGUG